AUGGUCGACCUCGCCCAAUCCGCCGGCGGUCCAACUGCGCCCGCCGACCCUCAGGCCCAACGCCGCCGCAAAUCCUACAUGCAAGGCCUUGUCCUCCUUCUCAUUGUGGUCGUCCUCUGGACCGCCUCGAACUUCCUCACCAAUGCCCUGCUCACCACUGGAGGUUACGACAAGCCGUUCUUCGUGACCUACGCCAACACAUCCAGCUUCGCACUCUAUCUCAUCCCCUACCUGGUGAGCGGUAAGCUGCGCAGGCGGUGGAGGGACGCAUCAUCCACCCAACAGUAUGAACGGCUGCCGCAGCAGGAGGAGGCAGGGCCAGCAGGGGAAGAGGUGGCGGAUGACAAGGAGGAGCUGCCGAGAUGGCUGAAGACCCUUGGUUUCGAUGUACCCACUGUGACGAGCGAGGGGGCAGAGCUGGUAGUGGCGACGGAGCCGGCGCCGGCGAUCAAGCCGUUUGCCGUGCUCGCGCAGGAACAGCAGCAGCGUGGGCGAGGUGGAAGUCAAGCGUCGCACAGACCGAUUCGACUCACACGGUCGGGCGCAUCUCAAGGCCAGCAGGACGACUCUUCCACAGCUUCAACACCUCUACUCGCACCAACACCGCCGGUCUCACGGCCAAGCUCACCAGUCCGCCCGUAUCUCGUCUCUACAGCGGUCCCGCGUCCAUCGUCGAUCGAUGGCAGAAGACCGCGCACCUCGAUCAGCAUCGUCCGUCCAACCAACGACGCUUCCGCAGCAACAGCGAUACCGAUUGUGCAGGUCCCACUGCCGCCAUUGACGCUCAGACAGACAGCCGUCCUCGCGUCGCAGUUCACGCUCGUCUGGUUCGGCGCAAACUGGGCGAUCAAUGCGGGGCUGGGUCUGACAUCCGUUGCGAGCGGAACGACGAUCGGCUCGGCGAGUGGGUUCUUCACCCUCGCCCUUGGUGCAGCAUUGGGCGUGGACAGGUUCACCUUACCGCGUCUUGGCGCAGUGUGCAUCUCUGCGCUCGGUGUUGCAGCCGUGACCUUCGCCGACCGGGACACGGCUACAUCCACCAUCACCCCACCCUCCUCCAGCGCCAUCCUCGACGGGCUCUGGAGCCGAUCUCUCGAACCCUCCACUCCAUCCUUCAGCACUUUCACCGGCAAGCCACCCAACGCGCCGCUGGGGGACCUCCUCGCCCUCCUCUCCGCCUUCCUCUACUCCCUUUACGUCAUGCUGCUCAAAACGCGCAUCGGCUCCGAAGACCGCAUCUCGAUGCCGCUCAUGUUUGGCAUUGUGGGCGCCAUCAACGUUCUAUGUCUCUGGCCCAUUCUACCGCUGUUGCACUUCACGGGCGUGGAGCCGUUCGCACUUCCGCCCUCGCCGCGGAUCUGGGCUGGAGUGGUGGUCAACAUGUGCAUCACGUUCGUCAGCGAUUUCAUCUAUCUGUUGGCGAUGCUGAAGAGUUCGCCGUUGAUCACGACGUUAGGGCUGUCGUUGACGAUCCCGCUGGCGGUGGUGAUUGAUGCGAUGAAGGGAAGUCAUACGGGUGGCACGGUGGCGGUCAUUGGGUCGACGGCGGUGUUGAGCAGUUUUGGGUUUAUUGGGUGGGACGAUCAUAGGGUGUUUCAGGAGGAGAAGAGGCGGGCGCUGGCUAUUCAGCAGGUCGUGGUUGCUGCGGAGGAGAGAGGGAGAGGCGAGGCGGGACCGCGAUCGCAGCUGCGAGAGGAGGUCGGCGCAGAUGACAGGACAGUGAGGAGGGGGGAUGGAAGAGACUCGUCAGCGGUAUCAUUGCGGUCCGCGUCGUCAUUGACGUCCUCAGGCUCAACAUAG